AUGAAUAUUAUCCCAAGAUUACAUUACGUAAUUAUUAAUGAAUAUUUGAAUGCCAUUUUAAAACUUGGAUUACACACUAAAGCCAUUAAUACACUUAGAAUCCUUGACGAUGGAAAAUAUUUCCCUACACAUAUGCACGUGUCCACUGUAAUUAGGUCAAUAACAAAGGAUCCAACUAGAACUUUAGAAGCUGCAGAACUCUUGGAACAUUUCAAGUAUACAUAUAGAACAGACAGAUACUCCACUUUUGCCAACCAAUACUCAGAGUCUUGUCUAUGCGUUUUACAUGGAUUUGAUCUAGCUGGUUCAUAUAAUGAGGCAAUUGAUUUUGUGUUGAGAAAUGAUAUUUUAAAGUUUGUAGAACAGACGAGAUGUGGAAAACUAUUGGCCAAAAUAUUGUCUAUUCUAUUGAGACAAAAAAAUUUUACAUUAUUCAAUCAACUCAAGUCUAAAUACCUCGAAAACAUUUUCUCUUCAGAUUAUCCCUUCAUUAAGUCAAAAGAUAGAUUAUUGUAUGUCUUGAUUAACUAUCAUUCUUUGCUUGGAGAAGUAGACCAAACAACUCAGUUACUGUCAAAGGUAGAAAUGCGAGAUUCAAAGCUAUAUCUUUCAGUAGUUAAACAACUUUACACUAAGAAGUCAGCAGAGUUUCUAGAAAAAUUCAUAUUUGAAGCUAUACCACCUAUUUACAGAAAUAAUUACCAUUUGGGCUAUCUUAUUAGAAAAUUAGUAGAUGAGAAACAAUAUGAAAAGGCAAAGCAAAUUUUUAUAUCAAUACCCCAUAAUGAAAGAACAUAUAUUUUAUGUGAUCAAUACCUAAGAGGACUUUAUAUGGAAAAGAAUCCAAAACAAAAUAUCAUCGAGGCUCUCACCAUUUACGAAGAGUUGGUAAAAACCAAGCAAGAAACUGAAAGCCUUAUCUAUACAAAUGUUUGUGCUUACUAUGUAAUGCAAAUACUCUAUGAUGGAGGAUUUAAUGUUCAAUUAGAAUCUUUUUUCAACAACCUUGGUACUGUCACAAUACCUCAAUUAAUGUUGAUGGCAAAGUACUAUUUGGAAGUAAAUAAUAUUGAGAAAGUUGAAAUGUGCAGAGAAGAAAUUAAAAAGGUAAGGCCUCUAGCCCAAAACUUUAGAGAGUACAUGACAAUAAGCAAUUAG